AUGUCCUCCGACAACUCUCCCAACGGCCCCGGUGGAGGCGGCCCUCCUCCCCACCGUCGCAGCUCCAUCACGCAAGCCGCCCUCUCCAACCUCUUUCAACGGGGCCCUUCCAACGGUUCCAACGGCUCCUCCUUCUCCGGCGGCGGAUCCUUCAAUGAUCCUCAGAGGCGGCGGCUUUCCGUCACAACCAUCGGCCUCUCAGGCACCUCGCCCACCAACACGUCUGCCUUCGUGCGAAGGGGCAGCAUGUCCACCAACUCCGACUCCAUCGACGAGAGCGCAAUUGAGGAAGAGGACAUGCCCGGCGGUGGUGCUCGGACCGCCCCCAACACGCCCUUCGUUCGCCGCAUGAGUUUCGGUCAGCCAGCCAUGAGGGGAUACCGACCAGGCGGCAGCCCUGGCAAUGGUAAUAACCCAACCUCUCCCCCGUCCUCGCUCGGUCGCUCUCCCAGCGGGCACAGGCCAUCGCAGGGGCAGGGCUCCUCCGUCGCCGCCGCCCUCUCCGCGGCCGGACGACGGGCCAGCACUGCCAUGCCGCCUGCUGCCGCGCCACAGGCAAGCAGCACCAAGCAUCCAAGAGUCUCUUCUGACAAUGUCCCUUCUCGCGCAGACCAGCAGGGCUUCAACUGGUCCGAACAGCUUAGGUCUCGUGCCGAGAGCUCCGUCACCGGCGCUCGCCCCUCCUUCUCACUCGCCUCUUCCCCUCCAAGAGGCUUCCCAAACCACGACCGCGCAAAGUCCGUGUCGGACAUGCCAAUGCCGCAGCCCCCUGCCCAAGCAGCAGCCGUCAAGCCGAAGCAGGAACCCCGAAAGCCGGACGCCUUCCAGGAGCGGAUACUCAAGGGUGACUUUUACAUGGACUAA